AGGUUGUGUUUUGUAAAUUUAAACUAAAGAGGGCGCUAUUUCAAAAUAUGAAAAAUGGCGGCGGUGAAGAAGUUGGCCGAGAUGUUGUUAAACCCCGACGUUACACUAGGUCCAUUUGAUUCAUUCCCUGAAUUUCAAGAGUUGUUUCCUCCAAAGUAUAGGGAUCACCCUGAUGCCCGUCUUUUGUACAGAGCCUUCCAGAGGCAAAGGAGAGUGUUACGAGAAAAGGUUGCCAAAGAUAUACAAAGAAGAUAUAAACGAGAUCUUAAUCUACACAUAGGUAAUGCGAGUUUGCCAAACCAUAGUGGUACAGAGAAUCAAUCCUUGGAGCAAGCCGUCAGUUUUUUGGAGAGCAAAGAGGCAGAAGUCGAAGCGGACCUGAAGGCCACAAGGAAAGAGAUCGGCAGUCUGGAGCAAGAUAUCAAAAGUCAUGCUUUACACAGGUGUGCCCUUCAGCUGGAGAAAGCUAACCCCAUUGGUCAGAUAAACUGGAGCGAUGAUGAAUUCACUCUACCUGAAGAACUAAAGAAUUUGGCAACCGCACUCGUUGAUGACUCAAGAGUACUGGAUGAUAAAACAUGAAGUAAACAAUGAGUCAAGGUAUCAGUUUACAUCGUCAGUAACACUUACCAGCAGGGCCCAAUUUCAUAGAGCUGCUAAGCACAACAUUUUGCUUAGCAUGAAAUUUCUUCCUUGAUAAAAACAG